AUGCACGACAUACAAACCCCAGAUAUAGCGUCUGUCGAAAGAACUUUUCAAGGACUUGAACUUAAAGCAGAACAGCGCGAUAAUGGUAUAUUCGCUGCUAUAGUCAAGGCCUUGCUAUCAAACAGUAAUCAAUGGAUGAGAGCUCCAGACAUUGUCGAUCGCAUUCGAGGAUGGAAACUUACUACCAACGACGGUCAACUUAGUGGGAAAACUCCUACUUCCACAAUUCAAGGCACUAUUUCUACAGCGUUGAAACUUGCGAAAUCAAGAGGUUGUGAGGAACCAAUCGAAAAACAUCAAAUCAAGAAUUUAACUUACUACCGUCUUUCCUUGCAUUUAUUUACGGAUUCACGAAUUCGAGACUCGAUGAACACUAUACCUCCAACCCCUCCUCCUGAUCCUCCUCGUUUAGCAAAAGAUAAGAAACGAUCUCCUACGAAACCGUCUCGUCCCACAGCGUCGAGUCGGAGUACGACGAAAAGAAUCACCAUUGAUUCUGACGUUAAUGUUAUAACAACAAAGAAAAUAAAAAUUAGUCACAAUACGUCUCCUACUAUAAAUUUGACAGAUAAUGAACAUGAUUCCCAAUUUUUAAUAGAACCAAGUUUAAAAAAAAAGAGUACAAAAUACCAACCUUCUGAAGACUACGGUACUCCGGAAAGCGUAAUAGAAGAAGAACCAACAAUGAUUAAUGAAAUUAAUGAGAUCGAUGUUCCCAGACCUAUAGAUUUCGAUAUAAACACAGUUAAUGGACCAAAAUCGUUUGCAAUUAUUCAAGAAACAGGUUAUUCUUACUCUCGACUUAGUCGACUUAGACGCAGUGAAAAUAGAUAUCCAAAGUCAAAAUGCGAAGAUGCAUUUUGCGUAAAAGAUCUAAGGCGAUCUGAUGGUUCCUUCAUGGCACGAUUAUUUUGCUUGGCGGAUGGACAUGGAGGUUCUGGAUGUUCGGAAUUUUUAAUUUCAAGGGUGCCAAAUCGUAUCCAAGAACUGUUACAAGAUCAUCCGGCGAAUUUUGAUAACAAAGACGAACAACAAUGGUUUAGAGAACAAAUGGUACAUCUCGUCAGGCAACUGGACGACGAAUACGUUGAGGCUAAACGUGUAGAAUUUCGUCGUUGGAAAUAUCAGAGAGAAAAACAAGGUUCAAUACCAUUUGUAGAUGAAAAUUUUAUUAUAAAUGAUCAAAGUGAUUCUGAUUCAAUGCCACCAGUAGAUGACGGGUCAACUAUCAUUAUUAAUGUGUUUAUUAAUGAUUGGUUAAUCAAUGUUAAUGUUGGUGAUUCACGAACCUUUCUUGCUUGUCGAGGCAAAAACAAUAAAUGGUCUGUAGAAUUCGCGAGUGAAGAUCAUAAACCUUAUCUUGAACGCCUUGCCUUGAAAAUAUAUUCGAAUGGUGGCAUAUUUGUUGAUAGUAAUGAUGAUCCAAUUAAGUUUGAUCCUACUCCUAGACAACGUCGCACUAGACCAAGUUUAAAGAACGCGCGUAUUAGACUCCAAGGGCAAGAAGAUGAAAAUGAAGAUGGUGUUCCCUACAUAAAUGAAACUGGAAAAUAUUGGUCGAUUAAUGUUGCUGCGACCUGUGGUGAUUUACUUUUCAAAUUAAAUCGCUCUAGAAGAGUUAUUGAUUGUAUUCCAGAUGUUACUUUUAGAAAGUUGGGUAAAUAUGGUGGUGAUAGAUUCUUAUUGAUAAGCAGUGAUGGGCUUUUUGACCAUUUAAAAGAGUCAAGAAUAGAUGAACAGAACAAUGAAGUCGCUAAAUUUAUUGGUGGCUUAUUGGACAAUGGAGAAUCUGUCAUGAACGUUGUUAAAAAAAUAGGUAGUCGGGAGAAAUAUACCACGUUAUUUAAGGAUUUUAGUCAA